AUGACCCCAUUUAUAAUGUCUAUAUCUCCAGAGGUCAGUGAGUACAUUACCCAAAAUCCGCUAGGGUCGAUUCUUUCCACCUUCUGUGAUGCCUCAAAAUCUCAUCAGCAACCAACAUCUAGCAGUAUUUCCGGGAAACAAAUAGACGAGAAUAUUAGUCGCUCCGCCAUUCAAAAUCUGAUUCAAGACAUAACCAGCCACAAUGUUACAAAAAAACUAGGAUCACAAAACGAAUAUAUUUCAUCCCAGCUCAAUCUAAUAUGCAUCAACCUGAACCAUGGCCUCGAACUUUCGAUCUUCGAGCCUCUAACAACCGCUAUAUUUGGGAAAUCUUCUGAUCUCAUAGUCUGGAAAGCCAUACUACAGCUCGUUAAUGACUACGCAGAUCUGCCUAUUACACUACCAAGGAAGUUCGUUCAAGAAAGCAACCAGUCGUGGGAGGAAUAUGUAGCACCAUUACGCCAGGAAUUCAGAUAUUCAUCUUAUGAGAAUGUUGGUGGCUUUUGGGAGAAGUACUUUGAAGGUCGGCCAUGGCAAGAACAAUGCUCACUCACAUACCUAAACCUGAGCAAGACACAUAACAGAGAUGCUCUUGGUAAUUUCCCCCACGUUAUUACAGAGAAAGAUACUUGGCAGUGGCUUAAUUCUUUUCAAAACCGCCUCUUAGAUAGGUCUUUAGAAUCUUCAGACCUCUCUCCGAUAGGUGGUCCCACACCUUCCCAAGUAAGCAACGCUUACGCAUCGCGAGGAAAGUACUAUCGCUUAAAGAAAAUAGAAGACACUAAUGCCAGCCGAGACAACAAACGGAUAGAUCUAUUCAUCAAGAGCCAGAAACAAUCCUCGGAACUUCCCAGCAGCUGGAAUGAUGUGCUAGUACUAGGGCAUAUGACAGACUAUUUUGAAGACGCAUACAGUAGAAAUAACUUCUACCAUCUCGCUAUCUCGGUGCGUGAAGUCUUCUGGGCGCAGCCUCUACGCCGCUUCAUCCAUGGGUUUGUCUUGUCUCACACAAAGCUACAGUUGUGGGUAUUUGAUCGAUCUGGUGCCAUCGGCUCAGACAUAAUUGAAAUUUGGGAAGAGCCGGAGCGUUUCAUCUAUGCAUUAACAGCUUACACGAUAAUGAGUGAUGAUGAACUUGGACUUGACUCAUUCGUUCAACGGAAUAGCUGCAAGACGUCAAUUAUAGUUAAUGAUGACCUCACGCAACAAGAACGAGAAUUUGAAAUAGAUGAUAAGCCCUUUCAGGUUGAUAAUUCUGUCGUGUCGCACGGAACCACUUACCACCAAACUAAAGACGGGGAGUAUGUGGUGAAGUUUUCCUGGAGAGCAGCUGAGCAACGAUCUGAGGCCGAAUAUCUCAAGGCUGCCAAGAGUAUUGACGGUGUUACAAAGCUAGUAGGUUCGCGCGAUAUCGUAUCUAUCAAAGAGAUUCGCAGUGGGCUUGUCUUCUCACCUGAGAUGGCACUACAGUUUCCAUAUCCUAUGAAUUGGUGUAUUUCAGGCGAGAUUGAGUCUCAUAGAAAUGAUGCUAAUGGACCGAAAACCACCAAGCACCUUUUAAUAUUUGAGGAUCAAAUCCUCACCUGUGUCGUUUCAUCACCUGUGGGUCGUCCACUAUCUGACUUCAAAACAGUGAAUGAGUUCCUAACUGGUAUGAGGGAUGCAAUUAAAGCACACUGGGCGCUAUUUCGAGAUGCCCGGAUUUUACAUCGUGAUAUUUCGGCACGCAACAUCAUCUUGACCGAUCCAAACAUAUUUAAUGGGUAUUCUGGAAUGCUCUCUGAUCUGGAUAAUGCUAUUGCCUUGGAAGACGAUGAAAAAAAUAUACAAGGCGAUUCUGGGGUCGUGAUAGGUACAACGGUGUAUUUAGCGAUAGGGAUACUAGAGGCUGGCUCUAACCCUGACACCCAUGGGAUAGAGCAUACUUACCGCCAUGACCUCGAGUCAUUCUUCUAUGUUUUCCUUAGUAUAUGUAUGUGCUAUGGCUGGAAUGAAAAAGAUAAAGCCAACAUAUAUUUUCUCUCUCUUUGGCGUCCUCUUGAUGUAGAGUCUAUAUUUGGCGAUAAGUGUGGUCGUCUAAGUCCUCGAAACUUUGAAAGAACUAUAUUGGAUGGCUUUUCGCCAAAGUUCAAGAAUCUCAAGGAAUUAGCCAAAAAGCUCCGGACUACCCUGUUUUCAGAUGGUAUUUUGACAAAAGCUACUCCAGAUGAUCCCGAGAUUAUGUAUGCUCCAAUACUGUGUGCGUUUGAUGAGGCUCUUCAAACCAUUCCUUAA